UCUAUGCUUUCACACUUCUGUUGACACUUAUGCAACCUCUAUGUUCGGCAUGCCAACAUGCACAUUCUAAAAUGCACCCUUACUCACUUACAAGUGAGUAAGGGUGCUGUCACUGUGGGGACAAAAAGGAAACGUUGUUACAUGCAGUUGGUUCAAAAUAAACCGCUAUUGAUGUAUCAUUAAAAGAGUUCAUUUACUCUUUGGAAAAAUUCAAAUUUUGUCAUUAAAAUAUACAUUAUUACAUUCAUUAUUUCAGUGAAUGGACUGCAACAAUGAAUGCAAAUGUGGUGGGAUGAUCAGAACUGAGGGAUUGGAACUUAUUGAAGGCAACAUAGCAGAUGUUUAAGACACCUACAAAUACCUUGGAAUCCCACAAGCAAAUGGUGACCAUUGAAGGGGUCACAAGGAGAUCUGCCACAGCCAAAUAUCUACACCGAGGAAGACAGGGCCUUGAGAGUCAGAUGAAUGGUCCGAAAAAGAUCCAAUAAGCCAAAUGAAGAGAUACAGGCCACUGACCACCAUGAUACCGUGCAGGACGGGUAGAGGACCUUAGCAUGGAGAAGACACAAGACUGGGCAAGUGGUGAAUUUUAUAUUUUCAUAUAUAUAUAUAUAUAAAUAUAUAUGUAUAUAAUUGUGAUCAUUGUUCAACUAAAAUGGUGAUGGUGAUGGAGAGUUCAGUGUUACAGAUGAAAAUGAGAGUACUUGCACGCGCUUUCCCCUUUGGAAAUGUCAAUGUCAACAAUGAACAGUCAUCAGAUCAGUGUGAAGCUGCUGCACAGUUACUUCAUCACUGAUGUUUCACUUAAUGUUAAUUCCAGUUUCACCAGAGCACUUGGUGCUCUAUAUGGUUGGAAAAGGAAACUUUACUACCUUGACCUUGCUCUUUCAGGUUCAGUGUCAACACACAACUGUGAUAGGGGGGUGGGGGGAACCCCCCGUGUCACUCUUCAGUAUAAAACACAAGAAUGUCUGAGCUCAGUUAGACUCAAGAAGAAAUCUGUGUAAACACUCCUCAUCCAAGAUGCCGCUCAUCAAACCUUACUUCACUCCAGCGCUUGUGCUCCUGGUGUUCAGCUCCUCGCUGUGGCACGUCGCUCAGCCCCUGCCAAUGAAGAGCGAAGGGUUGAUAACAGAAUCCUGUGUCUUAUAUGCAAACACUCUCCUUCAGAAUAUCACUUUUGCUCUCACACAGAACAACCUGUUCAGUGGAAUCGAUUGCUCAAAGCAGAGUGUGGAGCUGAACACAGAGACGAACACGCCGUCUGUGUGUGCACCAAAGGGAUCAACGUGUUCUGGAAUCACUACAACAGUCUUUGAUCAGGAGUCCUGUCUGAAAAACAUUGUGCAGGAUUUGGAUCACUACUACAAAUUUCUGGCAUCUCAUCUGGACAGUAACAAUUUGCUCAAAACAACAGUUCUGUUCAGCCUCAGAGAAUUCAUGGAGAACUGCUUCACACGGUCUGCGUUCACAGAUUUGACCCUAAAGCAGGAUGUUGAAGACCAUCCGAGCACCUACGAUGAAAGACUGAGCCUCUGCAAAGUGUUAAAGGGCUUCCAAAUCCGCACCAUCACUAUCAACAGGGUGGUUGGAUAUGUGCACUCUGGAGAUCACACAAAACCUGUUCUCCAAUAGAUUCAGAAAACUACACAGAACCACUUUACAUGCACAUUCGAUAAUGUUACUAUCCCAUUAUCUAGUAUUGACAGAUAACAUUUACGUCUAGGGACAUAUUUAUGUUUUAUAGGAUUUUAUAUUUAACAUCAAAAUGGUGUGUUUAAGUACUUUGUUUAAAAAGUGCAUUUCCAGA